AUGGUUGGCGCAGAUACGGCGAACUAUGUUAUUCGCCCUCAAGAACUGAUUGUUCAAGAACAUCCGGCAUACCAUGCAGCAGACAACAUACAGGAAAAGAUUAGAGUUGCGAAGACUGAAUGUAAACAAUUAUAUGAUCACAUUAACAGAAUAAAGGGAGAGAUUCAAGACACGCAGUUAAUGAAUCUUUCACAUAGCAUCAAUUCGUUGAAUGGUAUUAACUUACAGCCGAUUCGAACGUUAAAAGGGCAUAGUAAUAAGAUAUCGGAUCUAAAAUGGAGUCAAGAUUCAAAAAGUAUUCUCAGUUCUAGUCAAGACGGUUUCAUCAUUAUAUGGGAUCCCAUGACAGGUUUAAAAAAAAGUGCCAUUCCGUUACUAUCACAAUGGGUGCUAGCUAGCGCCAUAAGUCCAAACGGAGACUUUGUUGCAAGUGCAGGGUUAGAUAAUCAUUGUACUGUUUACCGUGUAGCUAAGGAUAACAAAAUACAGCAGAAUGUCAUAUCCAUAUUCAAAGGACAUACUUGUUACAUAUCUGCCACAGAAUUUCUUAAUGAUCGUACAAUACUCACUGCAAGUGGUGAUAUGACAUGUGCAAUGUGGGACAUACCAAAGAGUAAAAGGAUCAGGGAAUAUAUUGAUCAUCUAGGUGAUGUUUUAACUAUGGAUCUUCCACCGGCACAAACACCAAGAUAUGGUAACAAUUUUAUUUCCGGAGGUUCCGAUGGAUACGCCUACCUUUGGGAUGUAAGACAGCCAAAUUCGGUACAGAGUUUCUUUGUGAGUGAUAGUGAUAUAAGCUCCAUUAAAUUCUUUAACAAUGGUGAGUCUUUCAUGACCGGUUCAGAUGAUGGAGCUGCAAGGUUAUUUGACCUGAGGAGUGAUUGUCAAAUAUCAACAUAUUCCCUUUCUUCAGCAUUUCAUCAGCAGCGUCAAGCAAAUCCCACAUAUCAAUCUGGACAAAAACUACGUUACGGUUCAUCCUCAUCUUCCACCUCUUCGGGUCAUAUUCCCAGGACACCACAAUCAGUAAACUUUAAAGAGACCUAUAUUGAAGAUCAAGGAAUAAUAUCCAUAGAUUUUAGUCGUUCAGGGAGAAUUAUGUUUGCUUGUUAUGCUGAUUACGGUUGUGCAGUUUGGGAUAUAAUUAAGGGGGAAAUGAUUGGUAAGAUUGACGGUCAUCGGAACAGAGUUAAUGCCGUAAAAACAAGUCCAAAUGGGUUGGUUGUCGCAUCAAGUUCAUGGGAUAUGACUAUCAAAUUGUGGGCUCCGACCUGUAGAUAA